ACCAUGUGAAAAUAUUCUUUUCCUUUUCCCAGCAUCCAAUCACCAUGUGAUCAAUCAUAGAAGUUAGAAAUUUUGUUCUAUAUAUAAAUAGAAGAAAUCAAGUUUUUGAUUCUCAAUCUACUUCCAAACCCCAAGAAUGGAAAUUCAAUCCAAGUUUUCUUGUGGACUAUUAUUAGUCAUCCUCCUCCUUUCUUCUCUUCUUCCCUUAUCCUUUUCGCUCUUGAGGGAUAAAAAUGUCUUGUCCCCAAUCCUCUCGAGACGCCUCGCUACUUCAGUUGACACAAUCAAUCAAAUUCUAAUACCUCACAACACUGUGAGAGCUAAGCUCGGACUGCCUCCUCUCAAAUGGAGCAAAAAGCUUGCGAAUUUUGCGUCUUGGUGGGCAAAUCAACGGCAAGGAGAUUGUGAAUUGAUUCAUUCAAAUAGUGAUUAUGGGGAGAAUCUCUUUUGGGGUAGCGGCCAGCAUUGGAAGCCGGAAGAUGCAGUGGCGCCAUGGGCGGCGGAGAAAGAUUAUUACAACUACAAUUCUAACAGUUGCAUUGAGAACAAAGACUGCCUGCAUUAUACCCAGAUGGUUUGGAGACAAAGUUUGAAGGUUGGCUGUGCUAGAAUUGUGUGUGCAAGUGGUGACACAUUUAUCACGUGUAAUUAUGAUCCUCAUGGUCAUAUUUGGGGUUAUGAUCCGAACUACGUCGUUAUUGGUCCCGGAAAAAUCAGUCUUCAGUCUGAGCUGCUAACCUGCUUGGUGAAGAGAAGUGGCAACCCUAAGGUUGUUGAUAGGCAGCAAAAGUGGACGGAGGAGAAGGUUUUGAAAAUGGCAUUUAGAGGGAAGGAGAUGAUGAAGAAGCUUAUGAAGAAGGUGGGAGAGGAUAACCUUGCUCCAGGAGUCAAAGAACAACUUAAGAAAUCCAUACCGGACACCAAGGUCGUCAUGAACCGCGCCAAACGCUGCCUCUACGCAGGCCGUCACAUCCAGUUCGGCAACCGGAUCAGCGAAGACGGUGGCAACAAAACAACGAGAUGUUGGAAACCAAAUGUCCAGGAGAAGAGGCUCUUCAGUUACAUGUUAGACCUACAUAUUCGAGUGAAAGUCACCACACAUGCCCUACGUUGCAUUGACAAGGCAGGUGGAAUUGAUGAGUACCUGUUGAAGACUCCGUAUCACAAAAUGGGUACAGAAAUGGGACUCUUCUGGAAAGCAAAGAUUGAGAAGCUAUAUGAGGAGCUUGGGAAGAUGGAGGUAGUGUUCUUUUCACCUGAAGAUGAAGCCAAGUUCGAACAGGGCUUUAAAGACCUGAAAUUAGCAGAGAGGACAGCUCGUAGAGAUGCCAGAAGAAAAAUGUAUGGAUGGUCAAGUAAACUGGAGCAACUUGAGGGGGCUACAGAUGACACACAAGCAUUUGAUGAUAAUGCUGUAAGAAAUGGCAAUGGUGACUCGCAUAUUGAUGUUCACGAGCAGUUAGUUGCCAACUCUUGAGGUUAGAACUCCUUGGGAUAUUUACAUUUUUUCGUUAGUAAUCAAGUGUCCUAUUAGGCAUUGUUUAGUCUUUGCUUCAAUCCUUUUCGCCGGCAUUGUUUAAAGCUGAGAUACACACCACACAUUUCUUCUGUAAACUUUAAUUUACAUGAUAAAUUUAUUGUCUGCCU